GGACGCCUGUUUGCGGCUUUGCUUUGUCAGCUCCUUUAACAGUGGUAGCAAUUAAGAGGGAAGUUUUUCCCUGGGCUUUUAUCUAGCUGCAUCAAAGCACGCUAUAAAUCCUGGGGCUUGCUGAUGGAGCCUUUACCCUUUGCUCCCAAAGGAACCCAAGGCCAAGGCUGGAUGUGACCGCAGGGCUGUUCCUGGAGAGGGAUGGACCUCCCUGGCCCCACAGGUCCUGCUGCCCUCCCCAAGCACAUCCUGGACGUCUGGGUCAUCGUCUUGAUCAUCCUGGCCACCAUCCUCGUCAUGACAGCCCUGGUGCUCUGCCCAGCCACUGCCGUCAUCAUCUACCGGGUACGGACUCACCCCACACGCAACGGCAUCGUGUGAGGCUGCGGGAAAGGCGACAAAGGACGGCCGGCUUGCUGGGCAGGGGCCCACAGCCAUGGGACCCUGUGCUGGGGACCCCGCAGAGCCUGAUGGGGCACCCUGAGAGCUGGGGAGAGAUGGGCAGGAGCUGGGGUGGGCCAGCAACCGGAUGCCUGUACCUGGCUCUUGCCAGGUGAACCCACUGCCUCCUGUUUACCCACCGAGCUCAUGGGAACCAUCAGGGAGACUGAGGCCUGGGCACCAGUGAGGAGAUGUGUGACUGUGGACGUGUCCAGCUGGAAACAACUUGCUCCCAUGAGGCAGGCAGGCUGGUCUCACCUUUGCUGGCUACCCCGUCUCCUCCCAGGCAGGCAGGAAGGCAUGGAAAUGCCCAGCAAGGUUAUUUCUUCUUUGGAGUCCCAGCUGUCAGGGUGGUUGGGAAAGAAGGGUCAAAGCAAGGUGGAUGCGGCUUCUGGUUGUUCAUUCGGAGACUCGGCUAAAAGCAUCGGUGGCAGAGCCUGUCCUGGCUGCACAGCAGACGUGCAGCUGGCAGCAUCAGCUUCUCCUCUACCAGAUACCUGCUGAAAUUGUAGGAAAACCCUAUGGGGUGCUUGGUUCCUCUGGGUCUUGCGGGGCAGAGGAGCAUGCGUAGCUCCUCCUGCCUGCACGCCAGCUGCGCUUGGUGCUCCUGCUGAUGGCGAGGGCCCCCACCAAUUGCCCGGCACACUGUCCCCAUUGGGGGGGUCUGUGCACCCCUUGCCUGGGCAGGCAAAGUGGGAGGAGCAGAGGAGCUUGUGCCCAGGCAGUGGCAAGGGACCCUGUGAGCUCUUACAUUGCCCC